AUUGUAACCUCAUAAUACGUUUUGUUUCCCUUGGGGGCUUAUUUAAACCUGAAUUUCUUGAUAAUAUUGUACAUUUUUAGCGUUUUUACGCAUUGUAAAUUGUUUUAAAUCAAAUGAAACGUUCCUAUUAAACUGCAAUGCCAAAGUUUGAGAAUGCGUUAGUUUCGUUCCGGUGGAAUAAUCAACUGGAAGAUCAAAUAGCGAGUUUUGUCGAAUUGAGGAAAUCCGAAGCACUUGUCGAUUGUACGAUCGUGUCAGGUUCAAUCGGAGGUGAUUGUCAAAAGUUCAAAGCUCACCGAAUCAUACUGUGUGCGAACAGUCAAUACAUACACGAUUUAAUUUUUAGCAAAGGUGUUGGAAAUGAUGUCAAUGAGAUCCACCUGCCGUCAAUACCGUCGAAGGAUAUGAAAUACAUACUCGACUUUAUGUACAAAGGUGUGGUUCAAGUUGAAGUGGCUGAUGUCAACUCGUUUUUACAUUCUGCGCACUUUCUUCAGGUGAGUGGUAUAAUCGAAAAGGGCAGUUUUAAGAAGCGUGUUUCUCCUUCAAAACCAUUGACGAAAGGCAAUGAAGGGAAAUCCAAACAGACAGAGGUGAAAAGAGCGAGAAUAUCAAUCAAUCCGGUCAGAUUGACAAAAAGCGCCAAGUCAGAUUUUGAAUCUGAAGAGGAAGUAUUUUUUUCAAAUGAAAACUCUUCAACUUCUGUCCAUACUAACACUCCUCCACCUUCUACCAUAAUCGUACUAUCUGAUUCUGACAAUGAACAACAAUUAAAAACAGGUUCAUUUGAAAAAGUAAACAUUUCUAUUAACUCAUCAGCUGAUGAAAAUGGUAAGGACAAGAGAAACAUAACACUUGAUCAAGAAAACCAACUACAUAAAACACCAGAACCUGUGGUAAUGCCAAUGACUGACUGUAGAAUGGUAUGGUUGGUACUAGAUGUGAUUCAUUAAGAAGAAGGGGUGAGAAGGCUGAUGUUAUUGCGCUUGUGUUUCGAGAAGGACAGUUGUAAGGAUUGACGUGAAUUUGUAAGUGUGAACAAGGGACUCUCGUGUUUUGACAUUGCGACA